AUGAGCGAUCCCAAGGAGCGGUUCUACCGCCAUUUCCAAACAGAGAUUACAUCAAUUCAAGACCAGAUCGAAGACCUUGCAACCGUGUCGCCGGUAGGCGGUGAGCGCCAGGAUUGCGUCGACACAAUCUUGGCUGGUAUCUCGCGGCUUACCAAUGAGGUCGGCGACGCACGCGACUUCAUCCCAGCCUACGAUCAGCGCACCUACAGCCAGGCCAUCAAGGCGCUGACUGAGAAGCUGAACGAGGCCACCGGCCGGUUCGCGUCCAAGUCGCGGUUCCAUUUCAAGCCGCGCGCCAGUGCCAACCCACAACAGCAGAGGUCCGAAGACACGACGCGGCAACAAGAGCAGCGAGCAGAUCCCAGAAAGCUUAGGUUCGCGCCGGAUACGAAUAUUCCAGAAGCCAAAAACCCCGAGGAAACAGACAGCAUCAGCAAGCUGCCGACGCAGUUCGGCAGGGACUAUAACGAGGAACUGUCGCGGCCGUCGCAGGGCGCCUCGAUCCGCAAGCCGUCCUUCUCCAGCGCCAAGACCAUUGCCAUCUACUCCCAGUCCGGCCUGCACAUCAUGCUGCCACCGAGCGCCUCAAGGGCGACGUCCUCGGGCUCGCUAACGGAUCUGGACCGCUGCGUCGUCGACAUGACGGUCCCGACUUUGGCCAACAGCGGUGUGCCGUUCGCCGGGCUGGCGAUCAAGAACGUGAGGCGGAGUCUCCUGAUCUGCGGCACCGUUGCUGGCCCCGUACAUAUUACUGGUGUUAGGGACAGCGUGGUCGUUGUCGCGGCCCGGCAGGUACGGGUUCAUGAGUGCGAAAACGUCAACUUCUACCUUUGGUGCGGAAGUCACCCGAUUAUCGAGGACUGCCGCGACGUGCGGUUCGCGCCUCUGCCGGAGACCUAUGCUCAGCAAACCGAAGAUAGCCAGAAGAACCAAUGGGACCAGGUGGAUGAUUUCAAGUGGCUCAAGAGCGAGCCGUCGCCGAACUGGAGCAUAUUGACGGAAGACAAAAGGGUCGCAGCUGAUGUGUGGUCCAAGGACGUCGGGGGUAACCCCAGUUUGAGCACCGACGGCAUUUUGCGCAAGGUUGGGCUCUCAAUAUAA